GUAAGCAGCACGCCAUUUUGUGGUGGCAUGGUUAUAUGUUUAACGGUUUUAUGCUCUUCGCUUUACACUGUCACACUGGCUCUGAUUGUGACUCUCGCACCCACUCCCAAUCUCUCGCUCUCUAUGUCUCUCUCUCGCUCUCUCCCUCUUGCUCUCUCUGUUUAGCUUAUUUGAUGCGUUGGCUGCCGUGCUUGGUUUGGUGGCCUGCCUAGUCUGGUGUCCUGCCUUGCUAUUGUUGCCUAGCGUUUGCCUGUUGAAUGCUUUUGCUAAUUUCAGUUUAAUAAACAUCCUGGCGGCGUGCAGAAGCGCCAUAGAAGCGAUUCGGUUGUGUGGCUGCCGCUGCUGCUACUGCUCUCGUGGUUUCAAUUAGUCGCUCAUUCAUUUGUAUUUUGUGUUGCAUUUCCGCUUCAACGCAAAAAUAACAAACAAGCAUACAACGACUUACCAUACCAUAGCUACUAUACCAUACUAAUAUAUAUACACAUACUUACAUAUACAUACAAGUGUGUAUGCGCGUGUGGGUGUACCAUGGGCAACUCGCUGAGUGUUAAUACCAUACAGGAUGCUGUUAUCGAUCGUUUUAAAUCGGUUGCAUUGACCACAGAUGAAAAUGGCGCCAUGCGAAUUCGUUCCUUUUCGGAGGGGGGCGUUUUUUCCCACACUGCGGCAGCACAACACAGAAGCAGCGAAGGUUCCGCCACUAUCUUGGGUAUUGGCAGCGGACGUGGUGGUCGGAUACUACGGGAGAGCAGCAUUGAUGGUGGUGUGGCCAUGUUUGAUGCCAUGCUACGAGACGACCACGAGCAUCGCCUCAGUUUGGAUGCUAUGCAUCGGGUGCGCCAUGUCCGUACCUCCUGCACCACGAUACCAGAGGAGGAUAUUGAGCAAGUCAAAUUGGAUGCCAGCAAACAGGUAAUCAGCCCAGACGAUUGCGACGAUCUCAGUCCAAUGCCACAAACUGCUGCACCACCCGUGCGUAGACGUGGCGGCAUUUCCGCCGAACCUGUCACCGAGGAGGACGCCACUAAUUAUGUUAAGAAAGUCGUACCGAAAGAUUACAAAACCAUGGCCGCACUCUCUAAGGCCAUUGCCAAGAAUGUGCUCUUCUCACAUUUAGAUGAGAACGAGCGAUCUGACAUAUUCGACGCUAUGUUUCCGGUCACACACCAAUCGGGCGAGAAUAUCAUACAGCAGGGUGACGAAGGUGACAAUUUCUACGUGAUUGAUUUGGGCGAGGUGGAGGUUUUCGUUAACUCCGAACUGGUAACCACAAUUGGUGAGGGCGGCAGCUUUGGUGAGCUGGCUCUCAUCUAUGGCACACCACGAGCGGCCACUGUGCGCGCCAAGACCGAUGUGAAAUUAUGGGGCAUCGAUCGCGAUUCCUACAGACGCAUUCUGAUGGGUUCGACCAUACGCAAGCGCAAGAUGUAUGAGGAGUUCCUGUCGCGUGUCUCCAUUCUGGAGAGCUUGGACAAAUGGGAACGUCUGACAGUCGCCGAUGCACUGGAGACAGUUUGCUUUGAAGAUGGCGAGACCAUUGUAAAGCAGGGCGAGGCGGGUGAUGACUUUUACAUUAUACUGGAGGGUUGCGCGGUCGUCUUGCAACGGCGCUCAGAGCAGGGUGACGAGCCCGCCGAGGUGGGUCGCCUGAGUGCCAGCGACUAUUUUGGUGAGAUUGCAUUGUUGUUGGAUCGUCCACGUGCAGCCACUGUGGUGGCCCGUGGGCCGCUCAAAUGUGUCAAAUUGGACAGAGCGAGAUUUGAACGUGUUUUGGGUCCCUGCGCAGAUAUACUCAAACGCAACAUAACGCAGUAUAAUAGUUUCGUUUCAUUGUCCGUUUAGGACAGCAGAGAACAACAACAGCAUUAGAAACAGCUAUCACACCAAGCAACAGCAACAGCAACAACAACAACAACAACGCAGUGCAUGCCAGAAAAAAAAUAAUUAAAAACCAACAACAAACAUAUGAAUAUACAUAACUAUAAAUAAAAGUAAUUGAGAUUGAGAAAAAGCUCAGCAAAGCGGCAAACUUAAAUUAUAUAAUUGUGUAAUAUUUAAUGCAAAACAAACAAGGAAAGCAUAAAAUACAAAGAAAAACAAAAGGAAAACAUGUUAAUUAUAAAAUUCUGUAUGUUGUGCUGAUUUACAUACCUAUUUGUAUAUGUGUGUGUGCGUCACUGUGUAAAGGGCGUGGCAUGUUCCCAUACUCGCCACUAACAUCACAGCACUUCGGCUUUAUAUUUUUCAGACUUGUUCGCCCACUUUCGAAAACUUUGCCACACCCUCUCUAUAUUACUAUUUUCUACAACACACUCUUUUCUACAUACGACUGUUUUUCUCAACAAACUUUAACGGAACAUGCUGCCACAAAACCAAAAGGAAAAAACAAAACAAAAAUACAAAAUGAUUAAUUUAAUAUUCAUUGGACAUCUGAAUGUUUUUAACAAAUGUAAAAGAUGAAAAUAACAACAAUUUUAGCUAUAAACUGGCAACACACACAUGCAUACUUACACAAACGCAGACAAAAAUGAAAGAAAAAUAUAUAAGCAGAAUACAAAU